AUGGAUUGUUGCUCUGUCUCUGGCUCACUGGAGGUCAUCAAAUACAUUCAAGAGCAAAUGGAUCAACAGAAAACAAUGCCAACGCCACCGGUAGAACCCUCUAUCAAAUGGGGAUUGCCAAGUCGGAUUUGCUUCGAUGUCGCCGCUGGCAGUGGAAAUCUCGAGUUGGUGAAAUACCUACUGGAGAAACAGAACCAACUCUACUCGUAUCCCGAUGCGGUUUUGCGUGCCAUAUCGUUGGGUCACACAGAAAUUGUAAAGUAUUUGCGUGAGAAUACUGAAGUGGAGUGCAGUCCUGACAGCCACAUCGAAGCAGCCAUUGCAAGUGGCAACUACGAGACUUUCCUGUUUCUUGCGGAAACCGGCGACUAUAUGCUCUACAAAGAAACAAUGGACUGCGCCAUUCGCCACUCCAACGAAAAGGUAGUUGAAUAUCUCUAUUACAAUCACUUUGAGAGUGCAACGGUCAAUGAGUACACCUUUGAGAAUGCUUGUCUCGUUGGCUACAUGCCGGUAAUCCGAUUCCUCUAUGAAUCUUACACGCUGUCGCCGGAUCACCCAUACAUCGACGCGCUCUGCAAGAAACCAUCACUGGAGGUUCUGGAAUAUCUCGAUUCCAUAGAAUUCAAUCAAGGCACAACACGAGAUUCCUUUAUCAAUGUCAUUAGCCAUGGCAGAGUGGAAAUGGUGAGAUGGAUGCUUAAGAAUCACCGGGAGUUCAAUGAUGAAUCGAUGCUAAGAGAUACCGUUGACAAUCCGGUGAUAUUCGAAAUUCUGCUCGCCGACCUGGAGCAGCGUGACGACAUUACAUUGGAUCACACUCAUCUCAUGAAUCACUCGAUCAAAUGCGAUGCAUUCGGCACCACUAUGUUACUGUCGACUCGAUUCCAACUACCGAUUCGGCCACUCAUUGAAACACUCUUGGAGAGUAGUGAAAUCUCAUUGAGAGAAGAUAUGAAUUAUGAUGACGAUGAAGAAGGUGAAAUAUCAAUAAAUGAUAUAGAAAAGGAAAAAGAACUUGAAAGAGAAAGAAUAAGAGAUGAAGAAUAUAAUAAUAAUGAUAUGUUAGAUGAAGACAAUAAUAAUAGCAAUAGUAGUAUUGUUUAUUCAAAUAAUAGUUUAGACUAUAUAGAUGGUUCUAUAUUCGAUAAAGAGAUACAUGUUGACGAUCAUAAGAAAAUCAGAUUACUAAACAAUGAGAUAUUAGAGUUGAAAAUACGAUUACAACAACUCGAGCAAUCGUUAAAACGUAAUAAACUAUCGGACUAUCAACAAUUACCUUUGUUUGCUUUGAAUGCAUCAUUAUUAGAUGAUAAAAAGAGAGAUGAACUAGAGAAAUAUAUAUUUCAAUAUUAUAAGAUGUAUGGUGCUGUCACCAACAACCAUAAAUAUCAUAAUAGAAACAUGGUUUAUCAUUACAGUCAGAAUUUCUUUGUACAACGUGAUGGCAUUCCAGAGUUGGCGACAAUGAAAACAUCGAUACCAUACAACUUUGAGAAGAUACCAUCUUAUACCUGUGAUAAACAAAAUCUACAAGAGAAUUUAGAAAAUGAAAAGUAUGCAAAGAUCUUACCAUACUAUCAUAUCAUAUUAGAUUAUCAUAUCAAAAAGAGUGAUAAAAAGAAAUUUGAAGGUACAUGCUUUAAUUGUUCACAAGGAGGUCAUUCCUUAGCAGACUGUCCAUUUUAUAAAGAUUUUAGAAGAAUUAAUCGUAAUCGUAGAGAAUUUUUUGAUAGUAAACCUGUUAUGAAUCGUUAUUAUGUAUCAGAGAAAGGUGAUACAGAACAACAACUUAAUAAUAGCAGUAACAAUAGUGUAAAUAGUAAAAAUGAUAAUAAACAAGAUAAAAAUGAAGACUAUGAUCCAAGUUCAACAGCAACAACAACAACAGCAACAAUAACAAAACAAACAAAUGUCGCAACAGAUACAGUUGAAGAUGAAGAAGGUGUAAUAGAUAUGGAUGAUAGUGAUAAUAAUAAUAAUGAUAACAAUGAUAAUAAUGAGAGUAAUAGUAGUAGUAGUGGAAGUAAAGAAAAGAGUGUAUCUACAUUUGAUAUAAUUAAAAAGAAUACAUCUUCAAAGAGCAAUGUUUCAGAUGGUACAACUCAAGACAAACGAAUAGAGGAGAACAACGAUUUCAUAAAGUUACCGGAUGCCGAUGAUGAUGAACCGUAUGAUAUUAACAACUAUGAUUCAAUGUAUAAUGGAGGUGGUGGUGGUGGUGGUCAACAAGAGAAUAUCCUAUUGAAUCAACAACAUCAACAGAAAGUAGCACAAUCCAUACAGACAUUCAUUAAUGCACAUCAACAGAGAAACAAUCAAUAUCAACAACAUCAGCAGCAACAUCAACAACAGCAAUAUUAUCAGCAAUAUGCUAAUUAUUAUGCUCAGAUACAACAGCAACAACAACAGCAACAGUAUUAUCAAAAAUCACCAUAUUAUUAUCCGCCACCAAUGUAUCAUCAACAGCCGCAACAGCAACAACUCCCUCAAUAUCAUAAUAUAUAUCCGUAUGCAAGUGGAAUGGACCAAUACAAUGGUGCCUAUCAUCAAAAUAAUAAUCAAUAUCAACAACAAACAUCUUCAUCAUCGACGUCAGAUGCAGUAGAUAUGGAAGUUGCAGAAGAUGGUCAACUUCAUUAA